AUGUGGUAUAAUGGGGAUGAAUAUGUUCUUGAGAACUUUAUUAACCAACGUUAUCGUUUAUACGGGGAAUUGGACGGAGUUCGUGGUUCCAUGGCAUUGGCUCUUCGGGCUCUUAGUUCGUUGGAAGAUGAGGAUGCGGGUGCCUAUGAUACGGAUGAUCGAUAUGGUUCGGGUGUGGGCGCUGCCUUGAUGGUUAGGGUUCAAACCGAUGCAGAUCUUCUAUCUGCUACACUUUACAAUGAAUCUUUGGAACGAAUGGUUGUUUAUAUGCGUAAAAGAGAGCAGAUGAUAUUAAAAGAUAUACGAUAUAUUUCAGCGAUUAUAAGGGAGUUAUUGUCUGGUUAUUAA